GAGUAUAUAAAAUCCUAGGCCAACAAUAAACAUGCAGCCUAAAAAGCAGAAAUAAGUAGCAAUCACAUGUUCUCCACAGCCUAAUCUAUUCGACAGUUAAAUAAUUUUUUUAGCAGCCCAAAACCAGCAAAAUAGGGAAAAGUCAUCCCUUUUUUCUUUCUAAUCAACAGACGUUACAUCUCGGCUAUACUUAUUUAUAUCAUGCACAAUUUGUGCCUUUGGUUUUUCAUACUUUAUCUUGGUCACGAGAAUGUCCGAAGAAGAGUUAAAGAGUAAGACGAAGAAGAAGAAGAAGAAGAUUGCUGAGGCAGAAGUCCUUUCUUGGCAGGAGCAGAAGAAGAUUGCCGACGCGGAGGAAGCCACCGUCAGAAGUGAAGUAGAUGAGUUCGUCUCUUGGACUACGAUGAUAGAAGCCAUGGAUGACAAGGAAUUGAAGGAGUAUGUUUUGAACAAGCCAGAUAGCUUACAAAGUGUGAGGAGAGGGAAAGAUGCACUAAAGAAGACAAAAAGAAAUGGAAAGGCGAGACCUUCAUCGCCUUCUUCGCUGGGUAUAAUGGCUACAGUGUGGAAGUUUCAUACAGAAGGCGAUGAGGAAGCUUCUAAUACCAAUCAAAUAUAAGGCAAAAAAGAUCGAACUGCCUUCUGAAGAAUUAAACAUGUCAAAUCAUAUUACUGCAUGAUAUAACUCUUGUUAGUCAGAACGACUAAGCAUUUCACAUUAUAACGAAUUGCUUUAUGGGUAUUUGAAUAAUAAUUAGCUACCAGAAUCACUGUAUUAUUUACCUUUCGCAAGAGACAAUGUAUUAUUAACCUUUCGCAAGAGGCAAUGUAGUAUGUUGAAUAGAAAAUCAAUCAAUUCAUAUAUAAGUAUACAACUACACUGUUGUUGUCAGUCAACUGCAACAAUAACAGCUUAAUUUCUCAAUCCCACACAGGUUUGUAUUGCAGUAUGUAAAUACAAAUAACAACAUAACUCAGGUCGCAAAGAGAGAGAAAAAAAAA